AUGGACAACGUAGCGAAAGACUUUCUGUUUGCCAAACAGUUGCAGAAACAGUUGGAUCAAGAAUCUCUCGAGAUAAGUUCCAGUGAGGAAGAUGUGCUAUUUGUCGAUUCUGUAGAGCGGGAUCACCAAAUGGCGAUGCGUCUUCAAUUACAGUAUCAAACCGAGGCAGUGGAACUGUUCUCCGAUAGUGACGAUGAAGUAAUAUUACAGGCAACGGAAACGGAAACAAAAAGAACCGUAAACCCAAAGAUAGCAAAGCGAAAAGUCUCCCCAAUGGCGGAAAACUGUAGAGACAAUGGCUCCUUUGCAGAAUCCAAACUGUUCAAAGCGGAGGCCAAAGAUCUUAACAGCGACGAAUAUUUCAUAGAAGAACUGCAAGUUUAUGUGAAUCCAGAGUACAACUUCGAAUGGAAAUUUAUCGACGUGCUUCCGGACAUAGCUGCUUUAUUCUCAAAAUUCGAUGCAUUGUACUUCCAGUCCCGUUUCAAGAACAAAAAAAUGACUAUUAUCUGGUCGGACAGCAUGGGCAAUUCCUGCACUAAUCGAAAUUUUAACGAUGAUGAAGGCAGAUAUACCAUUGCACUUAAUGGGCCACUGCUUACUUUACGUCCUCGCAUCGAAAUCAUCAGUAUUAUUCUGCAUGAGAUGAUACAUGCACUACUCAAAAUGGAUGGCGUAAAAGAACCCAACAGUGGGCAUGGAGCAAAUUUCCGUAAACUUAUGACCUUUCUAAACGGCAUGCUGCAGACAAACAUCUCAUUCAAUCACAAACCAUUCAACACGAGUCUCGCCUGCAGGAAUCAGUGGUAUCGCUGUACGGGUAUUUGCCACAACUAUGAACCCUUUUACGGGAUUGUACGAUCGAUUGACGGUCCCCCCGGGUUGCAAAACGAAUGGUGGAAGACGCACGCUGACAAUUGUGGAGGUACUUUUUAUAAACUAUACGAAAUGAGUAAGUUUGUUUGCGGCGAAGUAACGACACGAUACGCUGUUAACGUCAGGUAUAUGUUACCGAAGCGCGAAAAUAUUCGUUGCCGAUUCAAAUCCACGCUGCUCGCAGAGGAAUCAAUAGAUCUGACCUCCGAUGUACCAAAAGUUCGCUCUACCAUCGUUCGCGACACAAUCAAUGUCGAUGCGGAAAAUUGCGCCGAAGCUCCAGCGACCACAGCAACUGCGGAUGCAUUCAUUAAGCAUUUUGAACGGUCGAUUGCUUUCACUCGUGAUGACUGUGAUAUGCUAUGUCCAGUCUGUCAGGAUCGCAUCAAACGUAAACUGUUCAGCAACCAUAUUGAUGGCUGCAAAGGCUUUGUUCGUGUGGUGCAAUGGAAAAAAUCAGUAAACGGUACUAUCGUGCAGAAUGGAUUGCAGGAGCUUAAAUCAUCUCCUGGGUUAGCAUAUUCCAGUGCAGUACCAAAGCCACGUUCAUUCUCAGAAUCAUCUGCACCUUCAUCAUCAAAAUUUUUAAACUAUCAACAGGCCAAACGAAAACGCUUUGGAUGA